UCUUUUGCUUUUUGCAAUAAAUGUUGCUACUGUUUGCUGUUAGGGUCCACACUGACUUUAUGAGCUGUGACACAGUGAAGGUCUGCAGCUUCACUCCUGAAGUCAGCGAGACCACGAACCCACCAGGAGAAACGAACAACUCCAGACGCGCCACCUUAAGAGCUGUAACACUCACCGCGAAGGUCUGCAGUUUCACUCCUCAGCCAGCGAGACCACGAACCCACCAGAAGGAAGAAACUCCGAACACAUCCGAACAUCAGAAGGAACAAGCUCCGGACACGCCGCCUUUAAGGACUGUAACACCCUGAGGGUCCACGGCUUAUUCUUGAAGUCAGUGAGACCAAGAACCCACCAAUUCCGGACACACCACCUUGCCCUUCUACUUUCACAGGAUAAAUGAGAAAAAGGAGAGAGUAAGAGGAAGACAAAAGAAGACAAACAAGAAUCACAAAAGGAAGAACGCUAGGUAAUAUACAAUCCUCCCAGAGAAAAUUCCUGUUCCAAGAGAAAAUAAGGCAACAUCAAUGAAGGAGAGAAGAGCCAGCCAGAAAUUAUCCAGCAAAUCUAUCAUGGAUCCUAAUCAGAACGUGAAAUGCAAGAUAGUUGUGGUGGGAGACAGUCAGUGUGGAAAAACUGCGCUACUCCAUGUCUUCGCCAAGGACUGCUUCCCCGAGAAUUACGUUCCUACAGUGUUUGAGAAUUACACGGCCAGUUUUGAAAUCGACACACAAAGAAUAGAGUUGAGCCUGUGGGACACUUCGGGUUCUCCUUACUAUGACAAUGUCCGCCCCCUCUCUUACCCUGAUUCGGAUGCUGUGCUGAUUUGCUUUGACAUCAGUAGACCAGAGACCCUGGACAGUGUCCUCAAAAAGUGGAAAGGUGAAAUCCAGGAAUUUUGUCCAAAUACCAAAAUGCUCUUGGUCGGCUGCAAGUCUGAUCUGCGGACAGAUGUUAGUACAUUAGUAGAGCUCUCCAAUCACAGGCAGACGCCAGUGUCCUAUGACCAGGGGGCAAAUAUGGCCAAACAGAUUGGAGCAGCUACUUAUAUCGAAUGCUCAGCUUUACAGUCGGAAAAUAGCGUCAGAGACAUUUUUCACGUUGCCACCUUGGCAUGUGUAAAUAAGACAAAUAAAAACGUUAAGCGGAACAAAUCACAGAGAGCCACAAAGCGGAUUUCACACAUGCCUAGCAGACCAGAACUCUCGGCAGUUGCUACGGACUUACGAAAGGACAAAGCGAAGAGCUGCACUGUGAUGUGAAUCUUUCAUUAUCUUUAAUGAAGACAAAGGAAUCUAGUGUAAAAAAAAACAGCAAACAAAAAGGUGAAGUCUAAAUGAAGUGCACAGCCAAAGUCAUGUAUACCAGAGGCUUAGGAGGCGUUUGAGAGGAUACUCAUCUUUUUGGAAUCCUGACCUUAGGUUCGGCAUGUAGACCAAGUGAUGAGAAGUGAAUACAUGGAAGAGUUUUGAAGUGUGACUUGAAAAAUAUGCCAAAAAAUGAGAAAUACAAAUGAGCUAGAGGAAGAUGAGGGGGGAUGCGAGUACCUCCAAGAAGAAAAAUCACACUCUGAAUGGUGCUUGCAUUUUUUUUUUUGUUAUGAUCUAUUCAUGGAUCUCUACUUUGAUUUAAUUUUUAAAUGUUUUAAUCUCCUUUACAGAAAGUAUAUGUUAAUAUACCGUCCUCAUGGGGGAACGGGCACUGUGACCUUAGCAUUUAGUUUUCUAGAGGAUAUGUGAUCUAAUUUCUUUCUAGCUCAUCAUUAAAAUGGAAAUUGUAUCAGGACCCAUGGGAUAUAUCCAGAGGAAAACUUUGUGAGGCUUUGCAAUCUUGCCUUCCUGAAGAUAGCUGAGUAGGAUGGUUCUAAGGAAAGCCUUUGCAAUCUUGCAAGAUGUGUAGACCAGCACUACAAAGAUUGCAUAGAUCAAAUAGGAAAAAAAAGUGUCGAUUUUUAUUCAGUCUGAUGGUUCUGUUCUUCAUUGUGAUUGUCAUUAAAAAGUGGUAAAUUGCUCAAUGUAAUAUUUUUGUGCGCUGUUUAGAAAAGAAGUUGUGUGAUUUUUUUGCCAUCGUUGAUAAAAAUGCAAAGUCAAAUAAAAGGUGUCUUGGUUUGAUGUCAUAGAAUGAUCCAAGGAGAGAAAAAAGGUAGUUACUGUUUCACCAGAAGAGGUAAUGAGUGAAGGAAAGAAUAGUAGCAGAAAGCACAGUUUGUGAGUAAAGCUGUCUGGAAUUAAGUUACCAAAAAUACAAAGCAGAAGGACUAUUAUUUUGGGUUGAAGCUCCGAAACUGGCAGCAUCUGAUGAUCUGUUGGUUUAUUUCACUUUCAUUAAAUGAACAUUGAUGAGAGAAGAACCCACUUACCCAAGCUUUAGAGAAUCCCUAGUGGAAGAUUAUAUAAUAGAGUUUCAGUCCUGACACAACACUAGGGCACUUCUAGAGCGUGAUUGCUCAAACCUCACUGAACAGAUGCAGCCAAGGUCCAUGUUCAGCACUUGGUCACUGUUGUUAACGUAAAAUAAUAAGCAUUUAAAAUAGUUUACAGAUAUUUUUGAUUAGUUCCUUUUAGAGAUUCUUUCAGAGAAGAAACCAGAUCUGACCUGUUUAUUGUUGGCGCUUGUUGAAAACGAGCUUUCUUUCCCAUGAUAAUGCUUCGUUUUUGAAGUAUUGAAGCUGUGCUCCCCUUCAAUUGUGGCAGGAGAGAUUAAGGUAAUUACAACACUCAGUUCUAUGUCUUACAAGCACUUUGUUUUGUCUCUGCAAGAAAAUUCGAUUCCAGUCAUUUCCCACAAAAUACAGACAUUUUACCAACAUAAUAUGCUUUGAUUGACGCAGCAUUAUGCUUUGGGCAGUAUUACAAAAUAGCUGGCGAGUGCUUUCUGUAUUUAAAUAUUGUAAAAAGAAAAUAAGUUAUAACUGUUAUAAAGCAGAACUUUUGUUGCAUUUUUUAAACUGUUGAAGUCACUUUGUAUGUUUGGUCAAUGUUUCCGCAGUAUUUAUUAAAACAUACUUUUUUUUUCUUCAAAUAAAAAAGUAACCAUGUCUUUGUCUAAA